AGGUCCACACUUGAUACCCUUCAAAGCCAACUCAACACCUUUGGUAUACUCCUUUUCUUAGAAUUCAAUUCAUCCCCCUUCUAGUCUCCUCACUCCUCUCCUUUUCUUUUCUUCCAUUUUCCAGUCCUUUCUUCAAACAAAUCAUUUCCACAACAUGGCUUCAACCCUCCAAAAACUACUGUCAACCCUACUUUUCGUCUCAACAGUUCUUCAUUUUUCGGCAAGGUCAGUGGCCCAAGAGUGCCCAUAUCCGUGUAAUCCACCGCCAACGGGUGCCGGAAACAAUCCACCAGCGACUCCAACACCACCAUCACCACCAGCAGGAGGAUCUUUUUCUCCUCCAGGAUCUUUCUCACCACCGACAGGAGUUAUUCCGUAUUUCCCUCCACCUGGCUACGUUACGGGGCAAGCACCGCCUCCUCCCGAUCCUAUCGUGCCAUGGUUUCCUUACUACUAUAGAAAACCACCUCAUGGUGAUCAGUCUUCAACAACAACCUUGCAAGGAUCAUCAAGAACCAUGACCCUGACCAUCCCUUUUCUUGUUUUGACUUUAUUUCCUGCUUUUCUCUAAGUUUUCAUCAAAUUUGAUGUAAUUAACUAAGGUCUUAGAUGUUAUGAAAAAUAUUCUACCAGCUAGGAUUGUUAAUUUGUUAUUACCAUAGUGAUAAUUUCACUGUUGACAUGUAUCCAAGAAUUUGCUGUUUUCUUUGCUCGAAAAGGCAAAGGUUUUGGUGAUCAUCAAGGGCGCAUGAUAGAGAUGCUGGUGGCCUGCA